AUGGCAAAUGACAGACCGUUAGCUGCGCAUGAAAUUUUAGAUGCUUUAGAAAAUGUUUCUGAUAAUGAAGAAGAUUAUAGAGAACGACUGAUAAGUAUUCUACCUCCUCCUGUUGAUCCUGACUGUCUCACUGACGAAGAUUCGGGUGAAGAAGAUAAUGUAACUUUGAAUAAUUUGCCACGAAACAUUCUGCUUCAACCGGCUGAAGUAAUGAUUCAAGGGCAGAUUAUGAUUGUACUAGUCAACGGAUCGUCUUUGGGUUUAAGUUGCCGUUCCAGCGCAGACUGUAGCGUAACAAACGCGCAUUGCACACGCGGAAUGUGCGCAUGCCAACCUUAUUACGCGCAGGUUGACAACAAUACAUGCCUCCAAUCAACUCUACUGGGAUCGGAAUGCGUAGUGUCAGAGCAGUGCACACUCAAAGUUGCCUACAGCGCUUGUUUGGAUAACGUUUGUCGAUGUUCGGACGGCCAUCUGCAGUUCCGGAAACAUACGUGCCUCUCUCCUGCACCGCCAGGUCACGUGUGUUAUAGUAACGAACAUUGUCGCUUGUGGGAUAAAGAAAGUCACUGUGAAUUCGUGAUCCAUAACCUUUUCGGAAGAUGCUCCUGCAAUCCAUUGUUCAAGCAAACAGGAGAUAAGUGUAUAGCGCAAAAAGUACCAUCAUAUGCCACUGAGGCUGUUAUAGUCGAACAAGAAGCGGUAGUUGGAUCUACUAAAGGAACUUUGAUAAAACAGGACUUACCUUUAAAAUUAUCGCUUCCACCUAAAUCUGACACGAAAGUGGACCUUACAAAAUACAACCCUCUAACAGACAAAGAUGAUGUGAAGCCUAGUAAUUUACCUAUGUUCACAAGUAAAAAUGACGUGCUUAGUACCCAAGAGGACAGUCCUUUAAUGCAAGCUGUAAUGAAAGUCCCCACAGCAGAACCCAGUAAACGAUUGCCUGUAUCGAAUAGAAAAGAUGGUGAACCAAACGAAUUGAUAAGGGUUGAUGAAAUGACGGCAAACUUGCACGCUAAUGACCAACCAAUUUAUAGGGUUGUUACCCAACCAUCUGUAGAAAAGAAAACAAACAAGAAAGGAUCGUCAAAAGAACAGAUCAGUAGUAAGUCUAAAGGUGGUCAUCAGAAAAAAUCAUCGUUAAAAGAUAAAAAUCGUAUUCGGGCCGAUGCUGUAUCACCGUCUGACCUGGGGCCAGCGUCUCUGGGGAUGCCCUGUUUCACAGACAAUCAGUGUCAUAUGGUGGAUCCAAACACGCGAUGCCUGAAUAAACGAUGCGAUUGCGCGUAUCGAACCAAUUCCACUUCGGCUUGCUCGGCGCGCAACAGAGGAUGUUUGCCCGGAACAUUCCAAUGUCGUUCAACCGGUGCGUGCAUCAGCUGGUACUUCGUUUGCGACGGUCGGAAAGACUGCCCAGAUGGUUCGGACGAAAAGUGCCAAGGUACUGGUAGAGAUGGUACGGGUGAACGUUGUCCAAUGCACGCAUUCCGUUGUGGAGGACCUGGGUCUCCCUGCGUGUCCAGAGCGUCCAGAUGCGAUGGCACCGUGCAGUGCCCAGGCGGAGAAGACGAAAGAAACUGCCGAGCAACUAAAAGGAGAGGUUGCCCGCGACACACAUUCCGCUGCGGGUCGGGCGAGUGCCUGCCGGAGUACGAGUUUUGCAAUGCUAUCAUCUCUUGCAAGGACGCCUCAGACGAGCCGCCGCACCUCUGCAAUGAGCAAUCAAGGUGGAGAGCGGCGGACUUCUGCCCACUAAGAUGUGGGAACGGCCGAUGCCGCAGCACAGCCGUAGCUUGCUCGGGGCGUGACGGAUGUGGCGACAAUAGCGACGAGAUCGCAUGCUCUGUCUGCAGAUGUCCAUCCGCUCCUAUGCUGCCUUGAGAUCUUUAAAAUAUGCGACUGCGUAAUACCCAUACGGAUCUAACAGCCAAUCUAAUAAUGCCCACGUGGAAAGCUUGUCAUCUGCCAAGAAUAAAUUAUAACUUACUAUUAUAUUUAAAAGUUUAAGACUUAACACCGACUCGUGAUCGGAAAAUGUACGCACUAUUUAAAUAUAUGUUAUAUUUUGGGAACACACUAAAUAUAUAGAUGAUCUGGUAAUAUAUCAGAUCAUGUAUAUAUUAAUUUUACACCGUUAAAACCUAGGUGACAAAAAUUUCCGGUUUUCAUUGGGAAAUUUUCGACCAAUACUAUGCUGGGAAUAUUAACAGUUUUUAUCUCAGAUUUGUGUGUGUUCCCAAAUUUUUGUGUAUCUCUGGGAAACCAUAACCUUAC